CGCCUCGACUUCUGAAGCAGCUGGCCGGCGGGUGACGUCAUUUCCCCGCGCCGUGCGCGCGCGCUGGGGCUCCCUUCCCUUCAGCUGCCCCUCCCCUCCCCCUCCCCGCUUCUCACACUCUCUCUCUGAUCUCCAACUUCACUGGAAGCGACCAGAAGAGCCGGCUCGUGCGCUGGGCCGCCGGAGGCGCGGCGCGAGGCUGAGGCUGAGGCGGAGGCGCACCCGCACCCGCGCGCAGGGAGCCGCCCCCUCCCCACGGCGCACCGAGGGGGCGAUGCGAGAGGGAGGAGCAGCGAAGGCGAGGAGCGGGCAAAGUUUGCGGGCAGCCGGGGUGACCGGGAGGCCGGCGGCGAGCAGCUGCUUCAGCAUUUGCGCUACAAAAGGAGCGGCCGAUCCUGCUGCUGGAGUGGGGUUGGCCACCCCCUCACGGUAGGGGCAGGGGGGGUGGGGUCGGAUCGGAUCCGGGGUCGCCCCUGAUGUUGAAGGAGCGGGGAGAGCCGGUGGCAUUUGGCACAACUGAGGGGCAGCGGUCCACUCCGCCCGCUUGCUAUCCCCCGACUGAAGUACUGAAACUGAUCGGGGCCCGUGGUCCACCCCACCCCACCCCCGGCGGGUGGGGGGUGGCGAGGAGAAACCGGGGCGGCUGGAACUGGAGGUGGCGUCGAGCUUCAUCUGGAGUCGGAGAGCGUCUUCAUUCCCUCUGCCACUCGGGCUGCAACAACGUGUACACGAUCCACCAAUCUAGCAAAAAUUCAGGAAGUUGCAAGCUGGCUUUUGGACAUGAACCAGGAAUUGCUGUCUGGGGGCAGCAAGAGGCAUCGAACAGGAGGGUCCCUCCGAGGUAAUGCCUCAUUAAGUCAUGGAGAGGAAGACCAAAUGAAUAGAGUUGUGGAGGUACAAGAGGCAAACUGUAUAAGGAAUGCUGAUAGCAGUGGGGCAGAGGCAUGUAGCAGCACCAUUGAUGAAGCUCCUGCCACUGCAACUGAUGAAGAAGAAAACAACAAUGAAAUCACAGCAGAGAUCAAAGAAGGGAACAAAGAAGAACAAGAUGAUGAUGAAGAGGAAAUGGACCAAGACAGUGAUGAUUUUGAGCAAUCUGAUGAUAGUAGUAGAGAAGAAUCUUACACAAAUGGAAAUGACAUAACUGAUCAAAAUUAUAAUGAUAUUGCCACACAACAUUCACUGGCUCUCUUAACAAAGAAUCAGAUGAAGAGAAAAUUGGACCCUGGCCCCGAGGUCCGAUCUUUCUCUUCAGGGAAGAAACCUUGCAAAGGCUCGGACUACAAAAGCAGCACCACUGGGCUGGUUCCAUGUUCAGCAACACCUACCACUUUUGGUGACCUGAGAGCAGCAAAUGGGCAAGGGCAACAGAGACGCCGGAUCACAUCCAUUCAGCCCCCUCCAGAACUCCAGGAUUGGCUGAAAACUUUUCAGAGUUGGAGUGGACCAGAAAGAUUGCUUGCAUUAGAUGAAUUAAUUGACAGCUGUGAACCUACCCAAGUAAAGCACAUGAUGCAGGUUAUAGAACCUCAGUUUCAACGAGACUUCAUAUCACUCCUCCCAAAAGAGCUGGCAUUGUAUGUUCUUUCAUUCCUGGAUCCCAAGGACCUGCUACAGGCAGCACAAACCUGUCGCUAUUGGAGGAUACUGGCUGAAGAUAACCUUCUUUGGAGAGAGAAAUGUAAAGAGGAAGGAAUAAAUGAACCUGUAUACAUCAAAAGAAGAAAAGUGAUCAAACCAGGCUUUGCUCACAGCCCUUGGAAAAGUGCCUAUAUCCGACAACACAGAAUAGACACUAACUGGCGCUGUGGAGAUCUAAAAAACCCAAAGCAGGUGCUAAAAGGUCACGAUGAUCAUGUAAUCACAUGUUUACAGUUCUGCGGUAACCGAAUUGUCAGUGGCUCUGAUGACAACACAUUGAAAGUGUGGUCUGCUGUUACAGGAAAGUGUUUACGAACAUUAGUAGGACACACUGGUGGUGUCUGGUCAUCACAGAUGAGAGGCAAUAUCAUCAUCAGUGGAUCAACUGACCGGACAUUGAAAGUAUGGAAUGCAGAUUCAGGAGAGUGUAUUCACACGUUAUAUGGUCAUACCUCCACUGUGCGUUGCAUGCACCUCCAUGAAAAUAGAGUUGUGAGCGGUUCUCGAGAUGCCACUCUUCGGGUUUGGGAUAUUGAAACAGGACAGUGCUUGCAUGUGUUGAUGGGACACGUAGCAGCAGUGCGAUGUGUACAGUAUGAUGGACGAAGAGUUGUUAGUGGGGCAUAUGAUUUCAUGGUUAAGGUGUGGGAUCCUGAAACAGAAACUUGCCUGCAUACGUUACAGGGACACACCAACAGAGUCUAUUCAUUGCAGUUCGAUGGCAUCCAUGUAGUAAGUGGUUCACUUGAUACCUCUAUUCGUGUUUGGGACGUGGAGACUGGGAAUUGUAUUCACACGUUAACAGGACAUCAGUCAUUAACAAGUGGAAUGGAACUGAAGGACAACACUCUAGUGUCUGGGAAUGCAGAUUCCACAGUAAAAAUCUGGGACAUCAAAACAGGACAGUGUUUACAGACAUUACAAGGGCCUAGCAAACAUCAGAGCGCAGUGACAUGCCUCCAAUUCAACAAGAACUUUGUAGUAACUAGCUCAGAUGAUGGCACUGUGAAACUUUGGGACCUGAAAACAGGAGAGUUCAUUCGGAAUUUGGUUACACUGGAAAGUGGGGGCAGUGGAGGUGUUGUCUGGAGAAUCAGAGCAUCGAAUACAAAGCUUGUGUGUGCAGUGGGAAGCAGAAAUGGGACUGAGGAAACAAAGCUGCUUGUGCUGGACUUUGAUGUGGACAUGAAGUGAAGAAUUCAAAUAGGAAUUUGUCUAUCUAUCAAGUCAGUGUACAUCACCCUGCUGUUGUUGGGUACAGGAUGUUGGCUUGGGUCAACAGGAUGCCAUGAUGAAGACAAAGUCCUAUGGAUCGCCGGGAAAGGGAGCAAGGGAGGACAUGUUAUAACUGACAGAAUCUGACUUGGUCAGAUGCACAAAUUGUCAUGUUAUAUCUGACUUCCCUUUGACUCUGGGCAGUUUUGUUCAGAAAGACUUGAUACAAAGCCUAGUGCAAUUAUUAUUUUUUUAUUGAUUAUCAGCACCCAGGUCACAGCAGCAAGGCAUAAAAAGUUUAUUUGAAAAGUUGUUUUAAACAAGCUGCUUAUCAGGCCAAGAGCUGGUUUUCUUAAAGACUUGGGUUAUGUCUGCCUCAAUUUGUCCUUUCAGGUUUCAACAUUUGAAACCUUACUGUGAAUUUUGUACAAUUUUUUAUAUAUAUAUUAAAAAAAAAUAAAUAUAUAUAUAUAAAAAGCCUAAUGUUGCCAACAAUCGGUCACAGUAUUAACAUGUAUUUCUCUAUUUAUUCACCACUGCUUCCAGAUUGUUUUAAUGAGGGUUAUAUAGUUCUUCAGAGGCAAAUUAUCCUGAGUGAUCUAAGUGCUUAAAGAACUCAGUAACUUAUGGAGUUCUUGAUUAUUCAAAUAAGUCUUGCUAAAGUUGUCCCAUCCCUGUACUGUAAUCCCAGUGGCCAAAUAAUUUGCUGCUAUGUAUUCUAUUGUGACAUUUCACAUCCAGAUUCUAGUUCUAAAUUUGAUCUGGUAUGAAUAAUUUUUGACUUGUUAAAAAAAGGCUAUUGCCACAGAAACUUGAGCCAACUGUGCCUCAAAGAGGCUGAAAGAAGGGAGGAGAUGCGAAAUGGCGUUGUGAUUUGCUUACGAGAAGGAAAUUGGAGUUAAAGUGCUAUAUCGGAAUGUUUUUUGUUUCUGGACAAUGUUGAACACAUUCCUUCAGAUGGGAGCUCUUUCAGCCUGUAUUAUAGAGAAUUUUAUUGUGAGGACUAUAGUGGAACAGACAAAAGAAACAACUAAGGUUACUGACAUAAUGCAAAAAGAACAUAAAAUUUAAGUGAGAUGUGCAUAUAAAUAAAAGGUGUCAUUGCUUGUCAGUCUUAGUGUAAACAGUAUUGAAAUAUCCAACUGCUACAGUUAUUGCUGUGAAUUACUGACAAAACAAUACUGAAUGUUUUGUCCUGUAACACAGCACAGGCAAAAUAGCAAAUUUUUGUCUCAUUAUUAUUCAAAAUCCACAACUCAACAUGAACUGUGAAAGUGGUUUAACACUGUAUACUAAACAACCUUGAGUUAGAUGCUUUGUUUUUCUUUUUAUUUUCCUGUUAAUUUAUAGUCUGGUUUUUAAGGCAAAAAAUCAGAUUUCAGGUAUUUUACUUUACAGUAUGUAACUGCCUGAUGUAAUGGUGAAACCUAAAAGGGAUUGUGUCUAUGGUUUGAUCCACUUAGAAUUUUUAUUUUCUUAUAACUUAAGUGCAAUAAAAUGUGCUUUUUCAUUUGAAAUUGUUGUGCAUGUUUAGUUUUCCCAUUGGACUGUGUGGUUUGUGUUGAAGCCUAUUUUCCUCAUUAAUCAGAUGACAUUUGCCUCACCCAGGCCUGCUGUUUUUCUUGUAUUCUAGUACAGUGAUCAGCGCUAAAGUAAUCAGUUUUCACAUGCUCAUUUAAUUCUUUAAUGCAGUUGGAUAAAAAAAAACAUUUUUGCAGUGCCUUACUGGGAUGGAUGUGAGGAAAAAGUAGUCAAUAUUAUAGUUAUGCCUGUUUUGGCAAAGAUUGCGCAGAUAGGUUUAAAAAGAUGCUAAUUAAGUUUUAUAUAGCAAGGAACAGAUAAAUUGAUUUUAUUUUGCCAGCACCAUAUUUAUAUGGGCUUUCCUCUCUCCAUUUUGCUGUAUGUUCUAUGAUUGCAUGAAUCAGGACCUUCACAGUUCUUGCCAAUAUUACCUCAAGUCAACCAGUAAUGGAGAUGGCUCACUGAAUUCAUUUAAUAAACAACAGAGGUACUUAGAUCUAGCAAAGUAUUAAAUUUAUGGUUCAGCAAAUUAUAGAAGUAAGUACAUUUUUUGUCUUAUUAAAUAGGAUGCAACUAGCUGUAUGCCUUGAGUUUCUGUACUGGGACUACUUUUAUACAUGAUUUAUGAGACCCUGCCUAAGCUGCAAUAUUGGAAUUUAACUGUAAUUGGCUAAAUCUUCUGACCUGUGCUCCUCACAUCUUUGCUAUCCUUGAUUCUCGGUUUUAGUUGCAUCCAGGGUCUCUUGUUUCCAUCUCAUCCAGUCCUAGACUUUAUGACCUUCUAUUUGGCCAUUUCUGUCCACCCAGUUCCAAACACCAAACUUGUCUCAGUACAGAUAUGCAUGUCAAACCAAUUAUACCUCUGGGUUGAAGCAAUGGACUGCAGUGGGAGGAAAAGCUGUGGUUAGUGGUCAAUACUCCACAGACAUGAUUUAAGUGUUUCUAAAAUGUUCAAAUGUACUUGCAUAUUCCCCCAGAAACAAAUAUGCCCACUGAAUUUACAAAUUACUGCUAUUAGUAAAAAGUCACCAUUUUGUUUAUGUUAUAACUCGGCUGCAAUUUUUGUUUGACGUUCAUUUGCAGUUUAGGUAGAAUCUUUGAGGGAAUAAUAUUUGCUGAUGAGCAAACGAAGUCAUCUUCUAGAUUCAGAGAAUCAGCAAAAAGGCAUGAACAAUUUAAUGAGAUUGUGGUAUACUUUAUUCGUUAUCCUCUUCACAACUUUUGUACCAUCUUGGGAAUGUAAAUGAGAACACCAUGUAUAACAGUUUAAAUUUUGUUUCCCUUUCAAUUUGUUAUGUGGAUAAUGUGUGCACAGUUUCCAGGUGAACUCCCAUUUGUCAAGGCAUAAAAUUUUUCUUAAGGUCUUGCUCAUGAUUUGUUUUGCUUGUAUUUUCCAGAUGCAUUUGAAUAAAAAUUUAUUUGUGAGAUAAUGGGAAUAUCCCACUG